UUCAGGGCGCAGUUGAUGUUAGUUCCUGGUCUUCAAAUGCAGCGUCAUUAUUAAUGCUAGACCAAACUUAAAUUACCGAAAAUGAUUUUAAUUGUCAACAAUAUACCUAGCUAGCUAUAUCUAUAUGCUGUACAUAUACGCCCUGAGUAUGCAAGGAAUUAUGAUGAUAUACUUUCAACUGGAAAUACUUAAUCAUUGCUCCACCAAAAUAAACAUAGUGAUGGCGUCGUUUGGUCAUUGAAGUGGCGAUUUAGCAAAGUAAAAACAAUCUACCCAGCUGCAAUACCUUAUUAAGACAAAUGAGCCGAUGGAGACUGAGGGGUUGUGUCUCUGUGAAAAGUGCGGGAAGGAAUUCUCCGAUAGCAGCCGCCUUUCCUCUCACCUUUGCACUGUGGACUUCACCAAAAAGGGACAGUUGACCCGUUAUAAGUGUCCUUUGUGCAAUGAGGUCUUUACCAUGCCAGGUGCACUGAAACACCACUUCCAAAGCCAUCGGCGGGAGGAACUCACAGGUCCGUUCCACUGCUCUGAGGAGGGUUGCCAGUUCAGCACUUCACACCGGUUGGUGUACCAGGAACACCUGCACGCACAGCAUGCUCUCACCCUCGUCUCUUGUACAUUCCGGUCCUGCACCUUGGCAUUCCGCACACAUUCUGAGAUGGAGGGCCACUGGCGUAUCCAUAUGCCUUUCCACUGCCCCCGCUGUGACUUUGUGACCGCUCAUGCUAAACAGCUGAGUACCCAUGGUGUGGAACAUGACCGUCCACUUGCUGCACCUGAGGGUGACAAGGUGCCAACAACGACAGGCCAGGGUGGAAGCAGCCAAUCGGCUCUUGAGACCAGCUCUGGAAGGCCAAGAAGGGCCCGGAAACGCAAUCCAGCGUAUGUGUCAUCAUCACAAGAAGCUGAUGAGGAUGAAAAAGAGACACAGCAGCACAACAUCGACAAUAGAGCCAGAGAGGAGGUGCAAAAAGACAAAACAGCUACGAACAUCAAUGAGACCCCAUCUAAAGAUCAUAUUAUGGCAGGCAUGGAGCAUAUGUAUCGCACUCACAUCUGCCCCGAGUGCCGCCGCUGUUUCAAGAUGCGCUCCCACCUGCUGGAGCACCUCCACCUCCACUUCCCAGACCCCAGUCUCCAGUGCCCCACCUGCAACCAUUACUUCACCAGUAAGAGCAAGCUGCGCAUCCACAUGCUUCGCGAGUCUGGCCAGAAGGUCCAUCGCUGCCACCUGUGCGACUACGCCUCUGUGGAGCGCAACUCGCUCCACCGCCACCUGGCCAGUGUGCACUCCAACGAGGUAGGGGGCGACAUCCACCCGGAGGUCUACCCCUGCCCCACCUGCGGCCAGAGCUUCCGCCAGAGCCAGGCGCUCAAGGCCCACAUGAAGUCUCACCACACGUUGCGGGACAGCCAGCCACUGGCCUGCUUCCAGGAGGGAUGCUCCUUCAAGACCUCUGACCGGAAGGAGCUCCAGAGACACGCAGCCGAUGUCCAUGGAGUCAAGGCCGUAGAGUGCCGCCAUCAUGCCUGCAAUGCCAUAUUUGGUAGCCCCCAGGACAUGGAGGCCCAUUACCGGACGCACUUGGCCUUCCACUGCUCACAGUGCGACUUCUCCUGCUCCAACAAGAGCCUCUUCCGGCAGCACAAACUGCAAGGCCAUGCCGGGGACGAGGAGUUGACCUGCAACUUCUGCCCCUUUGCCACGUUCAAUCCUGUGGAGUUCCAGCAGCAUGUCGGCCAUUUCCACGCCAAUGAGAAGAUCCACCGGUGCCAUCAGUGCAGCUUUGUCACCGCACACAAGCGGGUCCUUCGACGGCACAUGCUGAUGCAUAGUGGUGAGAAGCCCCACAAGUGUAACCUGUGUGACUUCAGGUGCCGUGAUGAGACCUACCUCUCAAAACACAUGCUCAUCCACUCAGAUGACAAGAAUCAUAUGUGCUCUGAGUGUGGAUAUGUCACCAAAUGGAAACACUACCUGAAUGUGCACAUGCGCAAACAUGCUGGUGACCUCAGGUACCAGUGUGACCAGUGCUCCUACCGUUGUCACCGCACGGACCAACUCAACAGCCACAAACUUCGACACCAGGCCAAAUCACUGAUAUGUGAAGUCUGUGCAUAUUCAUGCAAGCGCAAGUACGAGCUUCGCAAGCACAUGCUCCUCAAGCACUCUCAGGGAGAGGGCCAUCAGCCUCCAGUCUUCCAGUGCAAGUACUGUCCCUAUCAGACAUGCUACCGCCAGGCUCUGCACAACCACGAAAACUGCAAACAUACCCGGACUCGAGAGUUCCGCUGUGCCCUCUGCCCCUACUCCACUUACAGCAGCACCGGCCUCUUCAUCCACAAGAGGAAGGCUCAUGGAUACGUGCCUGGCGAUAAGGAGUGGCAAGAGAACUAUGCAGAGAAGGAGAGGGAGAACUCUGUGGACCUACUGCAGGGCUUCUACAAAAUGCCAGCCAAGAACUCCGCUGAAGGUCCUAUCAAGAACCUACAGGAGAAAGUCGCCGGCUCUGCUGUUCAAAAUGAACACAACCUAGAAACUGUAACUGGCCCCAAAACCACAGAAAUGGCAAAUAAAAAAUCUGAUAUUGUCCAAGUGGUAGUUGACAAAGGGAUUCUGGCAUGUCACAAUUCAACAGAUAAUCCAGAGCAAUGCUGUACUUUAGUUUUGACAACAAUAGCUAACACAGAGUGCACUGAGAUGGCAUCCAUGGAGGGUGAGACGCCAAACAGCAGAGACCCAACUUACAGAAGACCCACAGUGGACCCUAAAGGAUCUAACACCCUGAGUCAAAAGCCAGCAUCUGCAAGUGAGGCGGAGGAAGAGGACAUGGCUAUGGAGGAUUGUGAUGACCUAAAUGAUUCAGAAGACAGAGAAACUCCUUUAACCGCUACAAGGCAACAAGCAGAGGCUGCAGAGAACAACACACAGAUAGUGGAGGUGUCUAGCGCAGCUAGCAACUCAUCCGCUGAACCAUUGGCGCAAAGCACCGACUCUGAGAUUCGUCUGAAGGCCAUGAGGAAGCAAGACAAGGACCAAGCGGAGGCUCUGGUCUUGGAAGGCCGGGUUCAGAUGCUGGUGGUGCAGAAUGAGGCCGGAGAGGCUAGCAUAUACCGGUGCGAACACUGCUCCUACGUGACUCGCAAGCAGACCUCUCUCCGACACCACUGCCAUUCCCUCUGCCUCGCCAGGUGGAAGAGACUCAAGUGCCAAGCCUGUGGGGCGCAGUUCAAACAGAAGAGAGGCCUGGACACCCACCGCCUCAGGAAGUGUCCCGCUCUGCAGAAGAACACCAGGAGGUUCAUUGGCACUCCCUCUGCUGGACAGUCUGGAGAAAGGGACUCGGGUCAGGGUAAAUACCAGAACCCUGAUAAAACCACAACCGCAGAUCAAUCAGAGAUAGUAUCUUGUGAUGUUGCCCCAACCGAAGAUUCCAUAGACACACAACCAGAAAUGAGAGGAGAGGAAGCAAACUUGUGCGAUUUGACCAAUCCCGAAGGCUCCGGUGUGAGAGGAUCUACAGCACUACAGAAAAGCCAAAAAAAGAAAGUUGGAAAGACAAAAACGCAAGUGAAAGUUGGCAAGGUAAAGAGACCUGUGAAGAUUAAAAAGAUCAAUGAUGGGAAAAUCUUAGGAAAGACGGACAAAGCCCAUCCUGUGAACACAGAGAAUGACAAUGCGCAUAGCUAUAUAGAAGAUUACAUGAAAUUCACUUGCAAGAUGUGCAGUUUCAGGUCCUCCAGGCUUGUGACAAUAGAGCGUCACUGCUCGACGUGCACAAGAAAAGCUCCCACAAAGAAGGCUGUCCGAAUUGUAAGCUCUCUGGAACAGGAUGAUGACAGCAAUGAGGAGGAUGAGAAUAUUAAUAGUGGUUCUGAAGAAGAUGUGGUUGAGAUAAAGGUAUCAAAUCCAAGCUAUUCUCCUAAAUUGUCCUGUCCCAACUGUCUUUUCAGGUGCAAACAGAAGAGAGCACUGAAUAACCACGAGAAGCGGGGCUGCCUGAAGCCGGACGAGGUGCAGUGCGAAUUCUGCUCGUUUGUGGCCAAGUCACAGAAAGCUAUGGCUAACCAUGUACUGGUCCAUCGGAAAGACAAGUUAUCGCUCCUCAAAAAGGUAAAAAAGUCAGUUUUGCGUUGCGGCCAUUGCCCCUUUACUUGUAAGCAAGAGCGUUGCAUGACCCAGCACGUGGCUCUGAAGCACGAAGGUGCCAGGCCCCAUCGCUGCCGCUUCUGCCCGUUCAGCACUACACGGCGCUACCGCCUAUAUGCCCAUGAAUCUCUUCACACCGGCAUGGGCCGCCACAGCUGCGACGUCUGUGAACAGACCUUUGGCGCUGCCUCCAAACUCCGCCAGCAUCACAAGCGUGUCCACGACAAACAGCCCUCUCAUUUCUGCACCCUGUGCGACUUCAGCAGCUACUCCCUCAACGAUGUUGGACGACAUACCCUCCGCUGCCACACAGGGAAGCUCCUGCACCCCUGCAGCCAAUGUGAGGCAUGCUUUAGCUCCGACACAGCGCUCAAGCAGCACUGCAGCCGCAAACACCUGAGCCCCGCCAGCGUAGCCUGCAAGCAAUGUGACUUUAUCUGUGGCAGCCAGGCCACCCUCAAGGUCCACCAGCAGAAGAAUCACCCUCAGCUGGACUGUGCCACCUGCCAGGAGACCUUCCCCACCCGGAAGAGCCUGGAGGAGCACCAGAGGACCCACCUCACCCAGCAGUGCCCGCUUUGCCCCUUUGCCACCCGUAAGAGGCAGCCACUCACUCAGCAUCUUCUCGACGAGCAUGAGGAUGGCCCCCCAGAGGACAAGCCCCUAAAGUGUGCCAUCUGUGGCUUCGCCUGUCGCCACCAACUAGUCUUUGAGCAGCACGUUCGCUCCCACGGGGGUACCCGCCUUUACAAGUGCACAGACUGCCAGUACUCGACUCGCAACAAGCAGAAAAUCACAUGGCACAUUCGCAUACACACAGGGGAGAAGCCCUACCACUGUGAGCAGUGCAGCUACUCCUGCGCAGAUCCCUCAAGGCUAAAGUAUCACAUGAGGAUCCACCAGGAGGAGAAGAAGUACCUCUGUCCUGAGUGUGGCUACAAAUGCAAGUGGAUGAGCCAAUUGAAGUAUCACAUGACCAAACACACAGGGGAAAAGCCAUAUGCGUGCGACGAGUGCGAGUACCGCACCAACCGUGGUGACGCCCUCCGCAUCCACAGGGAGACGCAGCACUGCGACGCUCGCACCUUUAUCUGCGAGAAGUGUGGCAAAGGCUUCAAGACGCGCUUCCUACUUAAGACCCACCAGCGCAAGCACAGCGAGGAGCGGCCUUACGUGUGCGGCCUGUGCCGCAGGGCCUUCCGUUGGCCAGCCGGCCUCCGCCACCAUUACCUCACCCACACCAACCAGCAGCCUUUCAUGUGCCGCUACUGCCCCUACCGUGCCAAGCAGAAGUUCCAGGUGGUCAAGCACCUCCGGGGGCACCACCCGGACCAGCCUGUGGAGCAAGGGGUGGCCAAGGAUCCCCACGCCCUCAGCCUAACCCUGCAGGAUGCCCGUCUGGGGCGGCCGGAGGAGGGGGCUGGGGAGGAGGUGGAGGAGGGGAUGGAGGUGAUUGUACCGGAUGGGGUGGAGGUGUUGGUGCAAGAGAGGGUGGAGGUGUUGGUGCAAGAGAGGGUGGAGGAGGUCACAGAAGGCCAGCAAGGUGAGGAGUAAAAAGGUUCAGGCCACUCAACUAGAACCUGAGAAAACAGACAUUUUAGUGAACGUUUUGAUGCAGUUUUCCUCAUCCAAGCAUGAUGAGGACUGGGCUGCAGCGGUAAACUGAAUUAAACAUCAACAAAGGACCUUGUCUUAAUGAGUAUGCAUGUACAUAUACUACUGCAAAGUACACCAUGCAACAAAUAUACAAUUGUAUGUUUAGUAUUAAAACAUUGUCAAUUAACUGACAAUUGCAAGAAAUGUUGCUAACUGACAAUUGCAAGAAAUGUGCAGUUUAAAAAUGUCUAACCAAUAGGAAUAUAACUUUUUAUAUUAAGAUGUUUUCAAAACAGCAGGUCUUUCAUUUCUCUUUAUUUGUAGAGCUCUAUGCACAUGCAUACGUUACAGUAUAACACUUUUACAACAUGAUGCAUGAGAUUGCGAUAUAGUUUCAUGCCACACUUUGAGGAACUGUACAAAAUGUCUAUGGAAAUGUUUCGAUGGAGGACUAAUAGUUUAUGCAGUUAAGUUACUCUACCAGCACACGAUGCAAAUGUUGAACGGUAAUGAAACAAUGAUAUAAAAACAAAAGGUCAUUGCAUAGUUGAACUCUAAAAGGACUUGUGAGCCCUGCAGUAUGUCUGUUAUUAUACCAGUUUGAUCAGCUAAGUGCUAUUGAACAUUGCUUAAUGCGUUCCUAUGACAUACAAGUUAAAAAACAUUGAUUAUUUUAAAAGAUUUUAUAUUGGGGAAAUGGCAAAAUAUCACUUAAAUGCUGUGAAUUCCCAGGUGCUUUUUCAUCUUUCAUCAGUGUGGUCCCACUAAUGUUUACUUGAACGGAAAUGGGUAUUUAUGUAGAAAUACUGUAAAGCAGUUCAUACCGAUGUAUCUUUCAAUACUGAUAAUAGUUAAUUUGUUGAAAGUGACAGCAAUCAUGAGGUAUUGUAGCCCUUCCAUGUGGUUAGAGUUUGCAGCCAAUCAUUGGGCCAUCAGACUUCUGUUGUUACCUCAGAGAUCUUGACAUUGACAAACAGAGUAGACAGAGGGAUAGCUGUUCCGUCUUUGGACAGGAGGUGGAUGUGCCGAUAUCCUGGGGCAAAUUAGAGAUAGCAUCCAGAAGAAAUUCAGAUUUAUGUCAUGGAGAUCCACUUAGAAACCAUCACUCAUACAGUAAAAUAUGUACAUUUGUACACAACAGGCUUAAAUAAAAACUCAGCUGAGAUGUACAAUUCA